AUGUCUGGUGCAUGGAUGAACAAGUUGCAAGCAUUCAUUGAGCAAAGGGUACCAGUUAAGAAGAUACAUAUUCCCAAUGAGCUCACUACGUAUGCCGCUCAACUAGAGGCUGUGCGGUUUUUGAAACCCCAAAUUGACAACAAUCCAUUCUAUUUCAAAGGUCUUCUUUCGCAAUACAUUCGUUGCAUCGAAGCUUUAGAUGAAGAGACAUCAGAUGAGAUCUACGAGCUAUAUGUCGAUCCCAAAAUACUCAAUGCAAAGGAAUUGCCACCAGAUGUACCGGAUAUGAUCAAGUACCAAGUUGGGGGCUUCAAUGUCGAUUUUUCUUCUUCUGCAGAUGACGUGCUUACCAUGAAGGAGAUGCCGAGGUUGAUAUCCGGUAAUAAUACUACAGGUCUACGAACAUGGGAGGCAGCAUUGUUUCUAUCUAAUAUCCUCAAUGAUAAAGAUGCAUGUGUAAAGCCAGUACCUAUCGAUUUGAAGGGUAAAACAGUUGUUGAGCUAGGUUGUGGAACGGGGUUAUUAGGACUUUCACUAGCCAAGCAUCACCAUCGACACUCACCAUUACAAAAAAUCUUUUUAACUGAUGGCUCAUCCAUAGUGUUUGAGAACAUGAACGAAACUUUGAGAGAGAACGAUUUAUCAGAUGCGGAUGAACUUCAAUUUCAACAACUAAUAUGGGGCGAACCUUUGACUAUACAAGAAGACAUUGAUAUGGUUAUUGCUGCGGAUGUGACAUAUGAUCUGAGAAUACUUGAGCCUUUAUGUCGUACUAUUAAUGACUUCUUUGACCUCAACAAGUUGCAGUUUGCGGUGAUUGCGGCUACAGUGAGAAAUUUGGAAACAAUUCAAUCAUGGGAACAGGAGCUUGACCAGUGGUUUCCCAACCGCUGGAAGAUCGCCAUUCAAGAGGCCAGUCCAGGUACAAUGUCGGCAAAUUGUUAUUUCGAUGUGAAUACUCCUGAAAUACGUAUAUACACUAUAAAACGUGACUAA